AUGCUUCGAAGGAAUGUGUCUUUGACUUCACAAACAUCGGAUUCAAAUAAUUCGGAAACUGACGAAGAAACACAUCAUACGAUAUUGUCAUCUCUUGGAACAAAAAGUAACACCCAUCUACACUCAAAAUCUAAUUUAAAUCGAAUCAAUCAUGAUGAAAUGGAAUUACUUAAAACAAUUCUAGCAAAACGGAAACAAAUUUAUGAACUAGAAUUAAAAAAAAUUCAUUUAGAAAGAGAACAUACUCGUAAAUCAAUGAUGAUGACGAAUGAGGAGGAUGGAACAAAUUUUCUAAAUAGCUCUCCAAACUUGUCCUCCGCCCAUUCACAUGCCUUUGAUGAAGACACCUCUCCAUUCCUUAAAUAUCCUUCUUCUAUUUUACUCACUUUACUGCAACAACAGCAAGUGAAAUCAUCACCAACUCGUUUAUUGACAACGUCGAAUCAUGACGAGAGGAACAAGAAUGAGUCACAAAGUGAAGUGAAUAGUAUCAAAAAUAAUGACAUCACAAUGCUUACAGAAACAAACGUUCCAAAACAUUGCGUUCCAAUACGAACAGAUGUCAGGAAUAUGGAUUGGAAAGCACUUGCCAGUGUCACACAAUUUGAUGUCAUAUUAAUGGAUCCACCCUGGCAAUUAGCAACUUCGAAUCCGUUACGUGGAGUAGCGAUUGGCUAUAAACCACUCUCAGAUAAACAUAUUCAAAAUAUGGAUAUCAAUUCUUUGCAAGAAAAGAAAGGAGGAUUUUUGUUCAUUUGGGUCAUUAAUGCAAAAUAUACAAAAACAUUGGAAAUGAUCGAACAAUGGGGUUACAAAUAUGUUGAUGAAAUUACAUGGGUGAAAAGAACAAUACACAGACGUUUGGCAAAGGGACAUGGUUACUACUUGCAACAUGCAAAAGAAAAUUGUAUUAUUGCUAUGAAAUGUAAAUCAAAAGAAAAAGAGAAGGAAAUGCUUGAAACUGCAAGAAACCGUGUAGCCAAGCUUAGUGACGUGAUAUUUAGCGAUCGAAGAGGCCAGUCACAGAAACCAGAAGCUCUCUAUCACUUCAUUGAACAAAUGGUUCCAGAUGGAAAAUAUUUGGAAAUAUUUGGAAGAAGAAAUAAUUUGAGAGACUAUUGGGUGACAAUCGGAAAUGAAUUGUGA